AUUUCAAUUGACUGAUUUCCUUCUAUGAACCGUAACUUUGUAAAAUAUUUGAAAUUGUUGCAUGUUGCGUUUAUGUUUUUGUUCAGUAUAUAUGUGUCAAUGCGAGAAAUGGACGUCAUAUAAAUGACAACACAGGCUACAACUCUGUCAAAGCACAAUAGGCCUACAAUACAUAUUUUAUUUGAUCAAAACUUGCCAUAAAUGGUUUGGAUUAUUAAGGUAGAUGAGUGGAGCCCGAAACAAAUUCAAUAUUUCUUUAAAUUGGAUUAAGAAAAGUAUUGUUAUUGCCAGAUCACCCUGUUUUAAAGCUACAUCAAACAACAAUUCGUACUAAAAGUAGCGUUACAGUGAAAAUGAUCACUUUAUUCAGCUAUCUAUUACUUCUGACUGCUCGAUAUUAUCAGCGUCAACUAGUAUGGUAUGUCUCCAUAAUCCUUUGCGUCUCGCAAUAGUUGCCAGUCAUUCUGCCGACGAGACGAAUACAGUAUGAAAGAGACAACAGCCAAGAGACGCGAGAAACCCAAGGACUCCAAGGCUGAGAAACAGAAGGAUGCGGGCCCUGAGCCGCAGGAUGUGGAGAUGCCGGAGGAGGACUCCGCCACUGCAGAAAAGAAACCCAAGGAACUUGAUACCCUCACACUUGAAGACAUCAAGGAGCAUGUGAAGCAGAUAGAGAAGGCUGUGUCGGGCAAGGAGCCUCGCUUUGUGCUGAGGGCCCUGCGCGCCCUGCCCUCCACCAGCCGCCGCCUCAACCCCAACGUGCUGCACAAGGCUGUGUCUGGCUUCUACACCUCCAACGCCGCUGGCAAAGAGUUCCUACUCAGCUUCCUAGAGGAGCCCAUGGACACUGAGGGAGAUGUCCAGUUCAGGCCCCGUACAGGGAAGGCAGCUGCCACCCCCCUGAUCCCUGAGGCGGAGGCCUACCUGCAGCUGCUCCUGCUGGUUUAUCUCACCAACAACAAACGCUACACAGAGGCCCAGAAAGUGUCAGAUGAGCUCUUGCAGAAGAUCGGACCUCAGAACCGGCGUGCUCUGGACCUGGUGGCCGCUAAGUGUUACUACUACCACUCCCGCGUCUACGAGUUCCUCAACCAGCUGGACACUGUGCGUAGUUUCCUGCACACGCGCCUGAGGACGGCCACCUUGCGGCACGACGCCGACGGCCAGGCCACGCUGCUCAACCUGCUGCUGAGGAACUACCUGCAGUACAACCUGUACGACCAGGCUGAGAAGCUGGUGUCCAAGUCAGUCUUCCCUGAGCUGGCCAACAACAACGAGUGGGCCCGCUACCUCUACUACACAGGUCGUAUCAAGGCCAUCCAGCUGGAGUACACAGAGGCCAGGAGGACCCUGACCAACGCCCUGAGGAAGGCCCCCCAACACACAGCUGUGGGCUUCAAACAGACAGUUCACAAGUUGCUGAUUGUGGUGGAGUUGUUGCUUGGGGAGAUACCAGACAGGCUGCAGUUCCGCCAGGCUCCUCUGAAGAGAUCACUAGCGCCCUACUUCCUGCUCACCCAGGCUGUCAGGACGGGUAACCUGGCCAAGUUCAACCAGGCCCUGGAUCAGUUUGGAGAGAAGUUCCAGGCAGACGGCACCUAUACCUUGAUCAUCCGCCUGCGACACAAUGUCAUCAAGACAGGUGUGCGUAUGAUCAGCCUGUCAUACUCACGUAUAUCCCUGGCAGACAUCGCUCAGAAGCUCCAGCUGGACAGUCCAGAGGAUGCUGAGUUCAUAGUGGCCAAGGCUAUCCGUGAUGGAGUGAUCGAAGCCAGCAUCAACCAUGAGAAGGGCUAUGUUCAGUCUAAAGAGACCAUGGACAUCUACGGUACCAGGGAGCCCCAGCUGGCCUUCCACCAGAGGAUCUCCUUCUGCCUGGACAUACACAACAUGUCUGUCAAGGCCAUGAGGUUUCCACCCAAGGCUUACAACAAGGACCUAGAAUCAGCAGAGGAGCGCAGAGAGCGGGAGCAGCAGGACCUGGAGUUCGCCAAGGAGAUGGCGGAAGAUGACGAUGACAGUUUCCCAUGAUCCUCUGAGAGGAACGAGUACAAGGAUGCCUUAUUGUUUUUCCCCUUUCUCUCCCCCCUCUUCUUCCUCCUCCCUCUUGUAAUAGUUGUUUUGUUUAUUUCUCUGCAGGCACAAGGCCAUUUAUAACAUAUGUAUGUUAGCAUUGUAACAUACAAUAAGAACACCUCUUCAACCCUA